AUGGCUGCAUCAACGAGCGAGGUGUCGCCCUGCUUUCUUUCCAUUAUUGAGAUGAGGAGAAAUAACGCCAUAAACGACGAAGAAUACUACUACUACGGACUGGUGCACCUAGCCGGGGUAGUUCACGUUCAAGACAAAACGGGAACUUCUGAACAUGAAAUGGCAUUACUGCACUCAGAUCCGUUUUUCUACAGCAUCUAUAAUGUCUCGAAGGAGAUGGAACCCGUUGAAGAUAUCUCGCCUUUCAUGCGGCUAUUUGGGGCGUAUCACACUAGAAAUCUGGAACAAAUGCAGGCCUAUCACGGCAGUCUUCACGAAACGCAGGCAUCAUACAUGAGGAGACUCCUUGCAAUGCGAGCACUGUGGGACGAGAGGGCUGACGUUCUAAGAUUUUGCCUUCAACGGGGUGGGUUCACGUAUGAGAAGCACUUUGAGGAAAGAGCAAACUUGGCCGAGUCACGGAGUCCGGAACUGAAGGCCGCGAUGGAGGGCACGAGAUUCCGCUGGGAGAACCCUUUUAAACCUCAUGUCUCGGCAGUCUUCGAUGCCGGAGGGGCUCAUGCUGUUAAGUGGUGA